UCUAUGACUUGAACAAUGGCUUGAACCAUGCAGCAACUGAGCUCCGAACGCUGACGCGUUCAACUUUUCUGUUUCGCCAACCCUUCCUGUUAACGGGUUUAACCAGCGUAAUGCACAAAACGGCGAAGGCUUUGAUCGCAGCUGUCAAUCAUUCUAGACCUGACCACUAGCAGCCGUCGCUUUGCAGGCUUUGGUUUGUUUACACUAAACUGCGACAGCCGCUGUACUUCGAACGUGGCACGUCUCUUGUUUUCCCACCAGAUAAAUAGUGCAUCGUCACUGGUUGUACUUGCACCGCGAUGACUGGGAAACUGCUAGCACGGGAAACCUGCGGGUCCGAGAUUCAGCAAUCUUACGUCAAGUUCGAGAACAGCGAUAAGCUGUACGUCGUGAAGCGAUGGCCUCGCAAGUGGUCGUCGCUGAGAACGUUUUUCAGCGAAAUAUUUCUCCCUGUUGGCUAUCCGGACAGCGUGAGCAGUGAUUACGCACGAUACCAGAUAUGGGACAGCAUCCAAGCAUUCGCCAGCAGUAUUACGGGAACGCUUGCUACCCAGUCCGUGCUCGCGGGCGUUGGAGUCGGGGACCAAGGUGCAUCGGUGUUAGCUGCAACAACCACUUGGAUUCUCAGAGAUGGCACUGGCAUGACAGGGCGGAUCCUCUUUGCCUGGUUUCAAGGCUCGAACCUUGACUAUGACUCCAAAAAGUGGAGGCUUUUUGCCGACAUACUGAACGACAUCGCCAUAUUCCUGGAGCUCAUGUGCCAAUAUUUUAAGGGAUAUGUGACUGCAGUACUUUGUGUAUCCAGCAUUGCAAAGUCCAUCGUGGGUGUGGCUGGAGGAGCAACUCGAGCUGCGCUCACUCAGCACCAGGCUCGCAGCAACAACAUGGCCGACGUGAGUGCCAAGGACGGCAGCCAGGAGACCCUGGUCAACCUUGCAGCUUUCCUCUUCAGCCUGCUUCUGCUCAGAAUCGUUGCUGGGAACCCAUGGUUACUCUACAGCAUUUUUAUUUCAUUCACACUCCUGCACAUCUUUGCAAACUACCGUGCUGUGUCCUGCGUCGUGAUGGAGACCUUCAACCGAUCUCGUUAUGCCAUUGUGGUCAGGCAUUUCUUGGAAAUGGCUGGAGACAUUGCGCCCGUCGCCUGGGUUAACGCCCAUGAGUCGGUGUGGAUUCAGUGUGGCAAACCAUUUGUCAGCAUCAACCUCGGUGUGCCUUUGUCCUCGAUCGCACCCACUUCAAAAGAGCUUCAGUGCAGAAUUCAAGACGCUGUCGGUGAUCAGAAAGCAGAACCUGCGUACCUGCUUGCAGUCGUCCGAGACUCGUCGCGGCACUACAACAUCAACAUAGUGCUUUCAAGUGAGAGCACAGUAAAAGACCAGAUGGAGGCCAUGUUUCAUGCUUUUCUGCUCGAGGCCAUUCUGCUGAAAUUGAGGGUCGGUGUGGACCAUCCGUGGGCAGUAGACAUUGCGGAUGUGGAGAACACCGCUGAGGACCUUUCCAGUGACGACCACAGGUUGUUCCGGUCUUCGAGGGCCAUGGUGAACAAGUGCUUCCCACUGCUCUGGAAAGCUCUUGAAGGCUCAGAGUGGCAGACUGACCGAGCUCUUUUUGGGGCCACAGAGUGGAGGGUGACUUGGUGUGAGGACGAGACGGUAUCACCAGGUGACACUUCACAUUCCAAGCAGGUGUGACUGACUGGACAUCGCAACAGUUUUCUUUUUUUGUACUGGUAGUGGAAAGGCAUGUUUUCCAUUCAACUUUUGCUGUGAUUGACAACGUGCCACGUGUGGAAGCUGGACUGUAAACUUUUACGCUGUGACCGUUUUUAUAGACACCAAGGACCAUUUUACGUGAACUGUGCACUAUUUAUCCAAUUUUUUUUUUAAUGCAUGAAAGAUGACGCUAAGCAUCUAUGGUUUCUGCAUAAUUUUUACAUUGGCUGAAAGCAGUGUCCAGUGAAGUUGUUCAUCUCACUUUGGGCUAAUUAGAUUUUAGACCUUGGGGGUUUUGUUGGCACCUGUCAUCUAUGUGGCAUCAGCCUCCAUUUUAGAGACAUGUCAAAAACAUGUGCUUAGCACAGUGUUAUGAUCAGUAAUGUGCCACAUGCUUGCUAUGUGGUGUGCAUAUUUUUGGUAUCUGCUGAGUCAGCUAUGGCAUCAGCCUUGCUGCACUUGCAUGCCAUUACUACAAGAAGGGCCAUGCGUGGGUAAUAUAAGUAUGCCAGUCUGAUGGCACACAAGCAAGUCAUUUGGGUAGGUGUUUUUAUUUACUGUUGCAAAAGUAGUCAUUCGAUUUACUUGCCUAAAGUGUCGUACUUUGAUCACCUGGGAUGUUUAUGAAAUGAAUAAACUUUGUCUAAAA